AUGUACAUCACUCUCUACUUCAUCGUCACCCGCCUCCCUGACUCUCUUCGCGCAGUCAGGGACCACUUUCUCGCCCUUGACCCCACAGACCUCACUGUCGACCUGCUCGAGAAGCAUCUCCUUGCAGCUGAGACUAGCAUAAACACUGUAGCUGCUUCUCGUGGCACUCCUCGCACUCCCUUCUUUGAGGGGUGUUCCCCCUCCCCCCUUGCCCCCUCUGUCGCUUCUGCUGCUGCUGUUGACUUCCUUCGUGCUGAGGAGGUCGGGGCUGCGUCUGCUCCUAGUGGGAGGCGCCACAGCGGCAAGGGCAAGGGAGGCAAGAGUGGUGGGCGUGGCGGGGGAGGAGGCGGUGGUGGAGGCGGUGGAGGCAGUGGAGGUGGCGUUGGUGGCGGUGGGAGUGGUGGUGGGGGUGGAGGCGUCGGUGGCGGCGGUGGUGGUAGCGGUGGGAGUGGUGGCGGCGGUGGUGGCAGCAGUGGGAGUGGUGGCGGCGGCAGUGGUGGCGGUCGGGGUGGAGCGGUCCAGAGGGGAGGUUCUGGCGGUGGCCAGAGGCAGCAGCAGCAGCGUCCGCGCGAGACCCUUACGCCCCAGCAGCUUCGUGAGUGGUUUGCUCAGCGUGGGGCGUCUGGGGGUAGUGUUCGCUGCCCGUACGUCAUUCGCACAGGUGAUCGGGCUGGUCAGACAUGCGAGAAGGUUGGUCACACACAGUACCGCUGCUUCUCCCGUCUUGACGACGCCUGGCGCGCAGAGUUUGGCGACGAGGCUGAGCUCCCCCGGAACAAUGUGGAUAUAUUUGCUCUUGACUAUGACGCUAUCCUUGCUGGCAUGUAUGCUUUGACUGUUAGUGCUGAGGGUGACUGUUACCUGUACGCUGCGCAUCAGCUCAACCUCUGGCCCCAUGUCUCCUUGCCGGAGACCUCGCCUACACUGCGUUGGACGGGGGAGGUUGGCGAUGCGUCGGUGUUCCGGGUCUGGGGCUCUCGUGCCUUUGUCCGCGAUACCACCGCGGACAAGCUCUCCGCUCGCGCCAUUCCCUGCGUCUUCCUUGGCUUUCCCACUGACGCGCCUGGCUGGCAGUUUUACCACCCCACCUCGCGCCGUGUUCUGUCCUCUCAGGACGUCACCUUUGACGAGUCGGUACCCUUUUACCGUCUCUUCCCCUACCGCACUGCCCCUCUCCCCCCCCCGCCGCUCUUCCUUGCUCCAGGUCCCCCUCCGGUAGACCCCCUCCCCCCUUAG